AUGGCCGACAAGCACCCUGCCGCCCUGAACCCCACGCCCGAGGACAUCAGCCUCAUUCUCGCUGCUCAGGUCCACAUCGGUACCAAGAACUGCGAGAAGGCGAUGCUUCCUUACGUCCACAAGCGCCGUGCUGACGGUAUCCACCUGAUCAACAUCGGCAAGACGUGGGAGAAGCUCGUGCUCGCCGCCCGUAUCCUGGCGACCGUCGAGAACCCCGCCGACAUUUGCGUGAUCUCGAGCCGCACCUACGGCCACCGCGCCGUGCUCAAGUUCGCCGCGAACACCGGCGCCACCGCCAUUGCCGGCCGCUUCACUCCCGGUUCGUUCACCAACUACAUCACUCGCUCCUUCAAGGAGCCCCGCGUGAUCGUGGUGACUGACCCGCGCGUGGACCACCAGGCCAUCCGCGAGUCGUCGUACGUGAACAUUCCCGUGAUUGCGCUGUGCGACACCGACGCCCCCCUGCGCCACGUCGACGUGGCCAUCCCCGCCAACAACAAGGGCCGUCACUCGAUCGGUCUCAUGUGGUGGCUGCUCUGCCGUGAGUUCCUGCGUCUCCGCGGCAUUGUGCCCCGCACCCCCAACGGCUGGAACGUCAUGGUCGACAUGUUCUUCUACCGCGACCCUGAGGAGAUUGAGCGCGAGCAGGCCGAGGCCGCCCUGGCCAAGCAGGCUGCUGCUGCCAACGCCAUCCAGGACGCCGGUAUCGAGUCGGUGGACUUUGCCAUUGAGGGCGCUGGUGCCGGCGGCGUGAACCCGUCGAUCGCCGCGAACCUCGCCGCCGGCCACGAGCAGGUCGACUGGAGCGCUGAGGCUGCCCAGGACUGGGCCGCCGACACGGGCGCCGCUGCGCCUGCUACCUCGAGCUGGGACUAA